AUGGUUGAGGCCACUGUGCCGGUUCCGGAUCAGCUGCUGCAUGUGUUCGCUGUAUCUGGGGGCAACCCGAUUCGGCUCCGCGCCCUGCAGGCCUGCCUGCUGACGCUGGCCGCCACGCUCGCCGCCGGCCAGGGCUUCGAUACACCCGUCAUCACCAUCGGCCAGGGCUCACUGCGCGGGGUACGGGAAUACGUCGAGUCGACGCAAAGGUCCGUGUACGCGUACCGGGGCGUGCCGUACGCAGCGCCGCCGAUCGGCCGGCUCCGCUUCCAGGCUCCUGAGCGGCACACCGGCUGGAACCGCACCCAGCUGUUCGACCGGUAUGGCCCGGCCUGCCCGCAGCUGGACACGCAGGGCGUGCCAGAGACGGGCGUCUCCGAGGACUGCCUGACGCUCAACAUCUGGAUACCGGAGGCCCCUGUCGGCUUCCGGCGAUUUCCUGUGGUCGUCUUCCUUGACGGUGAGCUGUUCUGGAGACAACGCUCAUCCAAGUUCCCGAUGAAGGACCUGGCAGCUGAGGAGCUGGUCAUAGUCUCUGUCAGCUAUCGCACCAACAUAUUUGGGUUCCUGACGCUGCGCUCACGCAGCGCGCCGGGUAAUCUGGGGCUGCGUGACCAGCACCUGGCGCUGCGCUGGGUGCGCGACAACAUCGGCGCGUUCGGCGGCGACUCGCGCCGGGUCACCCUGCUGGGCUUCUCGGCAGGCGCAGCUUCCGUCGGUCUCCACAUGGUGUCGCCGCGGUCGCAGGGCUUGUUUCAGCGGGCGGUCAUGAUGUCAGGGUCGCCGCUGGCGUCCUGGGCGCACAUGAGCAGCGUGGAGGCUCGCCGCGUGGGAGAGGAGCUGGCCGCCAUCAUGGGCUGCCGGGACAUCAGUGACGUGGCGUCGCUGCGCUGUCUGCAGAGACACGACUUUCUGCGGCUGCUGACCGCCACCCAACGCAUACUGGAGUCUCGAAGUCGGUUUUUCCCGGUGUUCGCGCCGGUCACCGACUCGUUUCUGCCCUCGGGCGACCGGGUCAUCCCGGAUGAUCCGGUCCGGCUGCUCCGCUUCGGAAACUACGCCAAGGUGCCGCUCAUGGCCGGGAUGGACCACGACGACGGCAUCGUCAUGCUCUACCAGUACCCGGGCACAGACCGCCUGACCUUCUCCAACCUGACACUGAUCAUGCGCCGCGUGGUCAUCCCGCGCCUGCUGGACCAGUACCGGCUGACACAGCAGCGCCAGCUGCUGGAGCGGGUGCUGUCCUACCGCUACAUCGACUCGGUGCCGCCCGGCAGCCAGGAGCUCAUGCUGGCCAGCUUCGUCAAGAUAUUUGGAGACGCAUACUUUGCCGCGCCGAUGUACCAGUUCAUGGAGAUGUACGCUCGAGCAGGCGCCGUCAUUUACGGCUACGGCUUCACCGAGCGAGGACCCGACAUCUUCGGCAACGUCGUCACCUUUCAAGGCGCGGGACACGGCUCGGAGCUGCUUUAUCUGCUCGGACCGACCAUGUUCCGUCUUCUGGUGGGCAACGCCUACGGUCGGCCCCAGCAGCGGCUGGGCAUCAAACUGAGGGAUUACUGGACGGCAUUCAUCACGGACGGAGACCCGAUCCGGGGCAGCUUCGGCGAACGCUGGCGGCGUUUCAGCCUGGACGAGCCUAGCUUCUACAACCUGGCCGGCUCGGUGGUGGAGGUGGGCUACCGGCGCGAGGACGCCGGAUACUGGAACACCUUCCUGCCGUUCAUCGAGGGCGGCGGCUCGACCGUUGACCCCAUCGAUCCCACCACUACGCAGCCGCUCGUGGACCAGUCAAGUCCCUACCAGGUGGUCAUGUGGGUGCUGGUCGCACUCAUUCUCAUCCUCAUCAUCGGUCUGAUCGUCGCAUUCUUCCUCACCCGAAAAUGGAAGCGCUCGCGCUCAGACCUGUCGUUUCGCUAGCAACACGCCACAAGACCGAGCGCUGUGUACCGGCAAGCCUCCCUCAAGUAGAUUCAUCGUUAACGUCUUCGCGUGGCGUCCAUCAGACGGCGCUGGCGGCACCCAGUGAGAUGUCGCUGCCAUCGCGCCGCCAGGUGGCGACGCCGCGCAACAUCGCGUCCACGUCGGCAGGCGAGUCUCCACCGCGUGAGCUGGCGUCGCCCAUGCCGAUCUACGCGCGCCCCACGCGGUCCGCGGACCGGCCGACGCCGGCGCGCACCCUGGUGACGCGCACAAUCCACCUGGCGGGGCCGAGCGACCUGCCCGACAGCGGCCGGCCGGCGCGCCACGAGGGCGACGUCGACCACGAGUACUGCGUGAUCGUAGACCACGCGGCGACGCGGCCGGCCGCCAGCCGUGGCAUUCGCGACAUGGAGACGCUGUUUUAAGUGUCUCCGCGUGCGCUUACAUAGCUCCGGCCCCACGAUCGGCGACGGCAGCGUCACGAAACGGCAACUGUGACGUCACGGCAGCGGCGGGACGCUGACGAUGAACAAUGGACGGUACAUAGCGCGCGGCCUUGUGGAGAGCGCACCGGACGACGACCGCCGCCGGAGCGGACAGGGAGGCCGCGACGACGGCGGACGGAGCCCACCCGGACUGACUGCGGGAGUGAGAGCGAGGCUGCUCCUAGAGCUUGCGUAGAUGACAGCCGGACUGACUGCGGGAGCGAAAGCGAGGCUGCUUGAAGAGCUUGCGUAGAUGACAGCCGGACUGACUGCGGGAGUGGGAGCGAUGCUGCUUCUAGAGCUUGCGUAGAUGGCAGCCGGAGUCAUUGUGGAGCACGUAAGUUCGCCAACCUUGCGGGCGGCGGAGUGGAAGCACAUGCUCGUACGCCAACGUAGUCGUGUGGUCCGUGCCAUUCCUCACGCUCCCAUCUGUCGGGCAUUAUUGUUCUUCCUUAGUGGUAUUCGCUGAGAACAGGAGCAGGAAUAGUUGCCAGGUGUCUGCAUGUAGGUGCGUUUGUGGAGAACCAUCAGUAACGCGUUUCGGAAUGCCAUACGAAGCGCCGUCAUGCAAGUCAUAGUUGGUUUCGGCGGCAAAAUCCCAUGAGGGGUUUUAGCCGAGUCGGUGUUUCGCUCGGCACCUUCGCAAAAAUCCGUGUGUCGAGUAGACUGAGAUGGGACGUACUUUAGAACUGAUGCGGCCCUGGAGUGCGCAACUUAUCUCCUAGGUGACUUACUUCAGGUUAUACAUCACUAUCUCGCGAGUA